AUGAAGAUUUUAUGUAAUAACCUUUUUGAACGAUUCUGUUUAUUUGUUUUUAUAACAUGGGCAUUUUUUUUAAACAAUAAUAGGAUAUUAUAUCCAGUUUAUUGUUUAGAAAAUGUGGGGGAUGCUUAUGUAAACACAUUGAGAGAUUCAAAUUUCGAUAAUGCUUUUAUUGAUUUAUUAAGUAGAAGAGAUAUAUGUAAUAGUAUAAGAAAUUAUAUAACUAAAGAGCAAAUAAAAUGUUUUAUAAGUUAUGACGUUUUUAAUAAUAGUAAUAUAAUAAAUGCUCUUGAGAAAACCUUAUUAAGAGAUCAUAAUAAAAUAAUAUAUGGUAAAGAAGAUAUUUUAAAAAAAGAUUUGAACUCCUUUUUGACAUUAUAUAUUAAAAAACAAAGUGAAGAUAUAAAUAAUUUUUUAAAAAAAUUUAAUAAUAAUAAAUUGGAUGUAGUAAUAAAUUAUAGAUAUUAUGAAGAGAAAUUUUUAAGUGAAUAUGAAGAAAUUGAUAGUUUGAAAAAAGCUUUUUCAAAUAAUAUAACUGAAAUAAAAGAUAUAUUAAAUAAUAUAAACUCUUCUAAUAAUGAUAAAACAAAAAGAAGUAGUGUUAUAUUUUUUCCAGAUGUAAAGGAUAAAUUAUAUUCUAAAAUACAAAUCUUAAAAGAAAUAUUAUGUAAAUUAAGAAAUAAAGUUGCUUUGAUGUAUAAUAUGAAUUUCGCAUUAGAUGAAUUUAAAAGAAAUUUUGAUAAACAAGUAUAUAAUUUUAAAUGUAAUGAAGGAGUAAAUGAUUUCUUAAGAAUCACAUCAGAUGUGAAACCAACCUCUUCUUUUAAUAAUGUAGUUGAUGUAAAUAAAUUUAAAGAAAUAGAUAAUGUAAAUACUAAUAUUAAUGACCUUGAAAAUGUUACUGCGAAUAAAGAACGUAUUAAUAAUUUAAAACGUAAUAUUAAUGUAGAUGUAUAUAUACGUGAUCCUAAUUUAUUUUGUUCAACCCAGGUAGAGAACCCCACUGAAAAUAAUAUAAUGAACCUCUAUAAUAAUAAUAAUAAUAAUAAUAUAAAUAUUAUUAGGGAUGGAAAGGAUAUAGAUCGUAAAGAACUUGUAGAUGAAAACUCUAUACUUAUUAAUAAUUUUACUUUUCUCUUACAUCAUUUAGAAAAAAUGACAUGUAUCUUAAUAUUUAGUCUUAAAAACAAAAUAUCAAGUGCUAGAGAUAAUGUUCAAAAAGAUAUAAAUAUCAUGGAAAGCGAAUUAAUUAAUGUAUCUAAUGAAAUAAAUCGUCUAGAUAUUGUUGUUAAUAUUCCACAACAACAUAUUUUAAAUUAUAAUAAUAAAAAUGAAAAUAAUGUUUUUAAUCUUAUGAAUAUAAAGAAUGAAUAUUAUGAAUAUUUAGGUGGACAUAAAAUAAUAAAUAAUAAUUUAGAAGAUUUUGAAAAUACAUUAAUGUUAUUAGAAAGAAAAACUAAUUGGAUACGUGAUCAAAAUCUUAUGACAUAUGGUGAUAGAGAAGAUAUAAAUGAAACUAUUAAUGCUACCUUAGAAAUUAUUGAUAAAUUAAAAGAUAUGUAUGUUACUGAGAAUUUUAACUUAUUAAUAACAUAUGAAAAUUUAUAUAAAGAAAUAAAUUUGUUCUUAUAUAAUAAAGAUUAUAAUAUAAAUGAAGAAGCUUAUAUAUAUGCAUGGAACUCAUUAGAAAACUUUAAAGGAAAAAAAAUAUUAACUGAAGGUAUUGAUAGACUUUUAGGUUCAAUUCGUUCAAUAUCAUAUGUAAUAAAAUAUGUAAAUGUAGCUAAUAAAAAUUUGAAUCCACAAAUAUGUUUUAAUUUAAGUAAAUUAUCUAAUUCAUUUAAUAAUGUAGAAGAAAAAUUAGCUGUAUAUAGAAAUCAAUUUUAUAGAUUAAAUCAUGAUAGCACUACAUUAAAACUAUUUAAAAAUAAUAUAGAAAAAUUAGGAUAUGCAUAUAGAGAUAAUAUGAAUAAGAUACAAAUUAGUAUGGAUAGAUAUAAUAUAGCAACCAAUAAUUUAAAAAAUGAAAUUGAUAAUGUUCUUGAAAAUAUAAGUGAUGUAUUAUAUGAAGAUAUGCUUAUAAAUGAAUUGAAAACAAUGAGAGCAACAUGGAAAAAUUUUGUUUAUGUUAAUUAUGAUUAUUUUGAACAAAAUAAUAAAUUAAUAAAAGAAUUUGAUUCCAACAAAUUUAUUGUAUUUCCACCACAAUUUGGUCUUACAAAAGAGAAUGAUCAAAUAGAUGUAGUAAAGAAUAUUAAUAAUAAAGAUAUUUUUUCUGAUUCAUUAGAAUCGUCUACAUCAACAAGAACUUCUUCAUCAAUUAAUUAUUUAAUUGGUCAGAAUUUUAUAAAAUCUUCAUACUAUAAUUUAUUAUAUGAAUUUGCUACCGAAAAAAUAAGCUGUGCACAAACACCAGAAGAACGACUUAAAAAUUUUGGAGAGAUAUAUAGAACUAUAGAUCGAGUUUCUAGUGUUAUCAAAGAGAAUAGAAAAAAUCUAAGAGCUAAAUAUGAUAACAUGCGUAAAGAAAUAUUAAACCAUAUAGAUUAUAGAAAACAUAUAUUCGAAGAAACACAAACUGUUCAUAAAGAAUUAGUAAGAUUAGAAGGAUUUAUUGUACAUGCAUUAGAUCAUUUAUUUGCUAAAAGAAUGACAUUAAGUGUGCAAAUGAAAAAUUCUGUUGAAUUAUUAAAAGGAAAUCUAUAUAAAGAUAAAUUGCCUGAUUAUUGUAAGGCUAUUGAAUUCUUCAUUCCUAAAUAUUUUCUAACAAUGCAAAGAUGGAAAACCUUUCUUCUUGAAUAUAAAAAGAUAAUGCCAUCCCACGUUAUAUCAAAAUUUUAUACUGCAUAA